AUGGGCAAGAGGCAAGCGGUACGGAUCUUGGAAUUGCUGGAAUUGGGCGCAUAUCCAAGUGAAGAAGAGGCACUGUUCCUGACAACAGAAGAGGCGACUGCAGAGGUUGCGCAGGGCCAGUUCACCAAGCGGAUCAUCGUCACCACAGACCAGCAGAGAGUGCCGUUGCAGACCGUCGAUCAGUUCCUUGGAGAGUACUACGACGAGGAUGCUUUGGUAUGGAUCCAGGAUCCUGAGGUGAGACCAACCAAGAAGGCUCCCAUCACUCGCCAAGUCAAGAUCAGCCAGGUCAAGGAACGCUUCGCUGCUGAGCCGACGAACAAGCCAUGGAAUCUGCUCGAGCUAGCCACGCAUUGCGACGAUGGAUUGAGGCCGAUGUUCCUCAACAACGAAGACUGCCGUCUCUUGACCAAGCUGAAGAUCCCCGAAUCGCAUGCCGGACCCGAAGCUCGUCGUCGAACAUACCUUCCAGGCUACAAAGAGGUCGAGAAGUGGGCCCUAGUCGCUGAAGCCGGAGCAUUGACCGAACCGCACCAAGACUCCCACGGUUACAGCACCUUCAUCACGGUCAACAUGGGCCUCGUCGGCUUCGGCUGGCUCUCCAACCCCACCAAAGCCGACCGCGACGCCUGGCGCCGCAACCCCUCCAACUUCCGCGGCGGCCAAUGGCGCUACAUUGUCCUCAAGCCCGGCCAAACCGUCUAUUUCCCCGCCGGCACCGUCCACUUCGUCUUCCGCCUGGCCGCCGCCGGCAACACCCUCGCCUUCGGCGGCCACAUCCUGCGGUGCUCCAACAUCGUGCACUGGGUGCGGACCCUCCUCGAAGAGCGCGACCAGAAGGAGGUCACGAACGAGGACCUCACGGACUCGGCGCCGGGGUAUCUCGCUCGCGUGGAGAAGUUUGUGAAUCAGGCGAAGGUCAACGGCACGGCGGAGAAGUGGGGAGGGGAGGAGUCGAUUGAGGAGUUUUUGAGGUUGAAGAAGGAGUUUUUGAGUCGGAGGCAGAAGUGA